AUGAAUAAACUCAUCUUCGAUAACGAGCGUUGCAUACUACAUAGCGCUGUUAAAUUAUUUUUAAGUGAAGAAAAUAUUGAGCCACACGUAACCACGCCUUACCUUAAGACAGGAUCAUUCGCUGAUUAUCGAAAAGACGUACAAACAUUUAUUAAUGCAGGUCCACAAGAAUUGGCAAUAAUUUUAUCUGGUGGUGGUUUAUAUACUGCUGCAUUGAAGCUGCUUACUGGCUUCGGAUUAUCACCUCUUCUCAUAUGGGUACGCCACAUUACCAAGGAAGCGCCAAUGAAGCAUGAGCGUGGUCACAGGAAAGUGAAAUGGCUGAUUUGCUUCAUCGCAAUAAAGCAACCAAUCUGGCCCGAUCACUGUUACAAAAACUCAUUUAUGAUCCUGAGUUAGAAAAUUCUACUAGCGUAUGUAAACAUAUAGCAAACAAGCUGCUAAGUCUCAACGCUUUUAUACCGCAAUG